AUGUCGCGAGGAGGACGAGGCGGUGGCCGUGGUGGCCGUGGAGGUCGACAGGGACCGCAGCUAUCGUGGGACAACGGCGAACACGCACCCGAUACGCGACCUUCGGAGCUCUUCCCAGCCUACGCAGUCCCGACGGCAAAACCCCUCUCCGAUCUCGAACGUGCAAACGUCAACGCCUUCCUCCUCUUCCGCCGCCAGUUCCAGGACGGGCCCCUCUACACCCGCAAGCGCACCUGGGGCAUGGAUCCGGGUAACACGCGCAAGCUGUACGGCCAGGAGCAGGUAAACGCGAAAUAUGGCGUGCGCACGCGCGCCACGGCCGACCCCUUCACCGCCGUGCCGACCUACUCGCAGAAGUUCUCCCGCCCCGAGCGCGCCUUGCCAGAAUUCGGCGGCCGGCCGUUCUGCAAGGAAUUCUUCCCACAAGAGCUGCACGAGACGCUGGACGGAGACGACGUCGCGCCCGGGGAGAAGAGGAGGGGCGGGGAAGCCAAGAGGCUGAAGUUGAGCCGGAUAACAGCGCUGCCGACGGCCGAGGACGUGUUUCAUGUCAACGAGGAGGGCGAGGAGGUCGGGCCCGAUGGGGCGAAGAAGAAGCUGGAAGCGCUUGAGAGGAUGGGCGAGGCAGAGGGCGAGGGUGCGGAAGAGGAGUGGGAGGGCGGCGAGGAGGAGGAGCAGGACGUCGAGUACGACGACUCGGACGCCGGUGACUACGACGCCGAGAACUACUUUGACGACGGGGAGUUUGGGGAGGACGACGGAGGGGACGACGACCACGGCGGCCGCGAGGGGUCGUACUGA